UUCUUCACCUCAAAAUCAUAGAGAGAAUUAAUCCGACGAUGAGGCGACCGAAGAGGCCGAUCCAGUCCCUGGCGGCGUGGGUGCGGCGGCAACCAUCGAAGGUGAAGGCGUUUCUCGCCAUUAUCACCGGCAUGACGACGCUCUUUACCCUCCGCGCUAUUGUGAACGAUCACGAUAAUCUAUUUGUUGCUGCGGAAGCUGUCCACUCGAUUGGAAUUUCCGUUCUUAUUUAUAAAUUGAUGAAGGAGAAGACAUGCGCUGGACUGUCACUCAAAUCGCAGGAGCUAACAGCAAUCUUUUUGGCUGUUAGAUUGUAUUGCAGCUUUGUUAUGGAAUAUGACAUACAUACUGUGCUCGACCUGGCUACCCUGGCUACUACCUUGUGGGUUAUUUAUAUGAUCAGAUUUAAAUUGACGUCAAGUUAUAUGGCAGAUAAAGACAAUUUUAUGCAACACUACGUGCUGGCCCCUUGUGCUGUUUUAGCUUUAGUGAUUCGCCCAUCUACGUCACACCACCUAAUUAACAGGAUUUUCUGGGCUUUUUGUGUGUAUCUUGAAGCUGUUUCUGUGCUACCGCAACUGCGUGUCAUGCAAAACACCAAGAUUGUUGAACCCUUCACAGCUCAUUAUGUUUUUGCAUUGGGUGUUGCGAGGUUCUUGAGCUGUGCUCACUGGGUCCUUCAGGUUGUGGACAGUCGAGGUCAUCUCAUCGUGGCACUGGGUUACGGUCUUUGGCCAUCAAUGGUUCUUAUUUCUGAAAUUGUUCAAACUUUCAUUCUUGCUGAUUUUUGUUAUUACUAUAUCGAAAGCGUUUUUGGUGGUCAGCUUGUGUUACGCCUUCCUUCUGGAGUGGUCUAACCAGCUAAUACAAUCUAAAGUUGCAACAAAAUAGGUAUCAAAAUUGACUUAACUUACUUUUCUCUAGAUAAGCCGCUGUUUUAGCACUG